AUGAGCCGGGAUGACUACACUCCACGGGGCCUAUCCGACCCGGAGUCCCAUCUUGAUCUUGCGGGCCAACGUCAGCGACCUCAGGUUGAUACAGGCACUGGGUCGGAGGCAGUUGCACCGUCACAAAAUUUACAAGGUCGACAUGUUACUCUCAAUGCCAUUGUCGAGGUCGAUAUGCUGCGGCACAAACUUCGUGCCCUCGAAAAUCUUGUCGAACGUUACGGCAUUUCAUCACGCAUCCCCUCUCUUUCUGAAGCUGAGGAGGCCCGCGCUCUCCAGUACCGCUGUGAAUGCCUCGAAGCUGCAUGUGAAUCUGGAUCACUUGUGCCAGCCCAGAGCUCUUCGAAUGCUUCCGAAAUACCAGAGACAGGCAGCGGUGCUCUGCCUCGGGACCGGUUACCGCCUAUUCAACCUCCAACCACACUCGUAACGACUAAUCUCCCUCCUCUACCAUUCCCGACACCCUCAACCGCCUCCACAGCGACGACAAGAAGGGACCACAGUUCAAGCUUCUCUUUCUCGGACCCCAAAACUGCGCUGUCAAGAAGCGGCGAGGAAACCACAUCUGACCCACAGCUGCCUCCUCUUAAAAGAGCUCGCGUCGGACAUGAUCGUCUAAAGUCAAUAGGGGAGCUGAAGCUACUCCACAACAACGACCCGUGUCUUCGAUGUCGAGCUUCGAACGGACCUUGUGAUGCAAACAACCCCUGUUCCCGAUGUUCGGGGAUGCCGUCAUCCGAGUCCGAGGUACAUUGGAGUAUCUUGGGAUGUUAUCGUGGAUCAGUGACCUCUCUUGUUGAUGUUUUGCUUCAAGGAUCGUUCGCCUGGUCACAACCCCAAACACCACUAACACCCUCUUAUCCUCGGCGAGGGAGCAUCAACAAUCAAAUACUCGCCCAGAACCCCACUUUGUCGGUCAUAAAAAGGCCUGCCUGGAGGCUCGAUUUUCAGGAUACUUUUUGGUGGCAGGAUGGAGAGCCUGGCCUUGACGAGCGUAUUAAUCAGCCUCUAGCUUCUGGGUACCACGAUCAAGGGACAGGGCCACCUGUCCUGCAGCUCAUUGCUUCUAGCCCAAGUUUCCGGGGUGCUGCCUUUGAUCUUCUGGAGCUGUUGAGUGCCAGCGGCCAACUUUCGAUGUCCCGGGAAGAGGAACAAACGACACAUCCUUCACUUUUUCGCGUGAAGCAACUCCUGCGCGAAAUCAUAUUUUACGAUACUUCUCAGCCGAGUCAGUUACUACGAAGCGAGGGCACCUAUCUUCCGCGCACGCCUGUUGAUCGUCGCCCGUCUACAGAGCGCAACGUUUCCUUGAGGGAGUGCACACGACGGUACUUAAUCUCUCUGGAUUUCGCAGCUUCUAUUUUACCUACUAUGGGCCUGAGGCAAUGGCUAGGGGUUUUCAUUUCGAUCUGCAUCUUUAGUGCUGUUAACACCAUAUUGGUUGACAUUGCCUUGUCGUUUCAAGGAAGCGAUCCAUCGCAGGCCAGCACGACACCCACGGAACGACCUGACCAAGUCAUUCGAAGUGUCUACCAAGCCCUGGUCUCUCUGUUCGCCGCCUCGAACGAUCCUUUGUCUAAUGUGUCUGAGCUCGAAGACCCCAUCGCCCGUAACAUUGCAAGAAUCAUCCGUCGAGAUCAGUGGCCACCACGGCAUUUGUUCUCGAGCUUUGAUUUCCUUAUGAAUCUCGGUGUGGGGGACAUCCCUAAUGCUGGCUUCAAUGGCUUUGUUUUGCCCAGAAGGCAAUCGUUGGAUUUAAGGGGCUCGAGGGGUUUCCCCACAGCACAACUAGAGAGUACGGCAGGACAGCUUUUCCUGAAGUCUACGCCAUCCCUUACUUCAGCAGGUCCAUCGUCACAAUACAUACCUUCUGGCUCGCGGUCGGAUUUUCCUUUGCCUGGUCAGUUCUCAUUGCCAGGUGAUGUUGGAGGACGUGCCCGCAGGCAUAUGAUAAGUGACGAUGUGUCACCACGCCUUGAAUCCCGGCGACUUUCAGGUGAACCAAUCUCUCCGUCAAGGCUAAAACCACCUUCUCGUCGAACUUCUUUACGCCGCGUGUACUGCGACAAGUGUAAUGAGCAUCCAGAUGGCUUCCGUGGAGACCACGAGUUACGUCGCCAUAUUGAUGCCAAACAUUCGGCUACGGUCAAGCGAUGGGUUUGCAAAGAACCCAAGAACCAAAUGCCUUCGGCCCCCCAACCAGUGAUUCCAUUGUCAAGAUGCAAAGCAUGCUUGGCACAAAAGCGCUAUGGCGCAUAUUAUAACGCUGCUGCACACCUCCGCCGCGCACACUUUCGACCUCAUCGAGUGGGUAAAGCUAGUGGUGACUGGCCAUCCAUGAGUAUUUUGAAGGACUGGAUGCGAGAAGUGCGGCAAUCAGUCGAUGUUCCGGAAGAGCAUAUCUCCAGCGGUGAAGACGACAUGGAUGAGUAUCCAACACCCGCUGACUACAGAGAUCCGAUACCACAACAAGUCCCCGCGAUUCCUGAUGCAUUACCAACAAUUUCUGCCUUAGGUCCAUUACUUUCGUCGAGUUCUAUCGAACCAUCAAUACCAAUCGAACGAGCAAGUCCGUCUCGAAGGCCUACUGAGAAUCGCACCAGGUGCCCUCAUCCAGAUUGUGGUCGUGAGUUUCGUGACCUGGCUUCUCACAUGCUUACACACCAAGAAGAGCGGCCUGAGAAAUGCCCUAUUGUAACAUGCGAGUACCAUACGAAAGGAUUCGCGCGCAAGUACGACAAGAAUCGCCACGCUCUUACUCAUUAUCGUGGAACGAUGGUAUGCCCAUUCUGCCCUGGUGUUGGCAGCCCUUUCGAAAAAGUCUUCACUCGUGCCGAUGUCUUCAAACGGCACCUAACUGCUGCCCAUCAAGUUGACCAGACAGGCCAUAGCAGCGGCCACCGGCUACCAGGGGGCGAUGAUCCAGUAGGCACGAAAGCAAGGUGCUCCAUAUGCAAGAACGGUUUUGGUACUGCGCAAGACUUCUACGAACAUCUGGAUGACUGUGUGCUUGGCGUAAUUGUGCCAACCACAAAUACAUCAAGUCAGCCAACCCGGCUGCAAGGAUCUCCCCAAUAA